AUGCCAGAACAGAGACAGCGCAGGGAGGAGGAGUCUUCAGGCUCCGGUCUGAAGGGUGCCCUUCAGGGUCUCGCCAUUUUCAUGCUGACGCAGUUCCUCAUCAGUCAAUAUUUUAACAAGGGACAAACUGCAGAUUCUGCCGUGAAGCCUAGUGAUACGUCUUCUUUUGAGUCCCGCCCCGCUCGCAGCGAAAUCACGAACUACAGCCCGAUUCCCGACACUGUUGCUCCUGUUUGGCCUUCUAACAGCGCCGUGGACAUCAGCAUCUAUGUCUCCCCGUCGAUCGUACUUCCUGCCCUCAGCUCGCUUCCCGCCGAAUCGCUUGUUUUGAAUGAAAGAAAUUUUACAAUUGGAAACUACAGCGACACUAGGGAGGUCGACACCAUUAUCCCAAUUCCAGAGGAAGUUCAACGGAAUGGAACGCUUUGGGCACAUUUCUAUGUUGCGCUCACUGGACACCAGCUCGACCCAACUGCCAAGGACUAUGAUACCGAUAGUGCCGUUCAUUUCUUCCGUCCACUGAACCAGUAUCUCCCUAAGAAGAAGGCUAAGAAGCUCAAGAAUCUGCUUUCCGGGUCCGAUGAAGCCGACGACGAGGAGGAAGAAGAAGACAAUACGCCCAAAGUUUCUAUCGCAUCCUACUAUCAUCCUAACUUCACGGUCUCUUUGAUUCCCGACUCUGGCGUCCAGAAAUACCGUCAGGUUCACCCUUCGGUUCGUCAGUACAUGCAGCUCGAGGCGACUGGCGCCAGAGACGCCUCCGGUCAGAAUGGAUGGUACUACCCGAUUGUAUUCCUCAACACUUUCUGGCAACUCCGCAGUCAUAUGACCGAAUUGAACUCGACCGUGAAGGCGAUGCCCCUCCGUAUCACUCUCAACAAUCUGGCCAAUUGGAAGUUCAGCAUGAUGGCAAGCGUUGACGACAGCGCGAAGGCAAAUGCUCGUCAAGCAGCUUUUGGAGGUUCUGUUCCUGGAGGCGGUGAUGGCUCUGAGUUUGAGAUGGUCAAGGAAGUUCUUCUAAAUACCAACAUUUGGCUGCUUGGUACAACCGGUGUGGUCACAAUUCUGCACAUGAUUUUCGAGACUUUGGCCUUCAAGAACGAUAUUUCCCACUGGCGCAAGAAGAAGGACGUUGUUGGAACAUCAGUCCGCACUAUCCUGGCUAACGUCUUUAUGCAAGCGGUCAUCUUCCUCUAUUUGAUGGAUAACAGCGAAAACACUUCUUGGAUGAUCCUUGCUAGUCAAGGGUUUGGUAUUCUUUUGGAAGCGUGGAAGAUCACCAAAACCGUGGACGUCCGGUUGCGACCACCACCAGCCGGGUCUUUCUACUCGUUCCUUCCGUAUGUUGUGGUGUUCGAGGACAAGCACAAACUCUCUGAAACCGAGAAGAAGACCAAGGAAUAUGACGAAAUUGCAUUCCGUUGGCUCUAUAUCAUUGCUGUGCCUCUUCUCGGGGCUUACGCAGUCUACAGCCUCCUCUACAACACUCACAAGUCGUGGUAUUCAUACAUCAUUGAAACUCUUGUCGGCAGCGUUUACGCGUAUGGCUUCUUGAUGAUGGUCCCCAGUUUGUAUAUCAACUACCGUCUCAAGUCGGUUGCUCAUAUGCCUGGAAAGGCACUGACAUACAAGUUCUUGAAUACUUUCAUUGAUGAUCUCUUUGCAUUCACCGUCAAGAUGCCCUGGCUCCAUCGACUUGCCACUCUCCGAGACGACGUUAUCUUCUUCAUCUGGCUUUAUCAAAGCUACAAAUACAAGGUUGAUUACAAGCGUGUCAAUGAAUUCGGACAGGGUGGCGAUAGUGAUGAAGAGGAAGAGAAGCCGGCUGAACCAACAAAGCAAAAGGAAGUGGUUUCUGAGGCAUCUGGACGGGCCAAGGGCGAAUCAUCGACUCGGAAAAGAAAGUGA